CAUUAUUCCCUCAUCACUCCAAGCAACCACCCCCAAAUCACCAACACUACAAUGUCCGACAUCAACCACCAAACCUACCACGCCCGCCUCGAGCAAAUCCAGCGCAUCGCGCAACACCACUCCCUCCAAAUCACCACCAUCACCCCAAUCGCAUACCAAGAACUCGGCCCCUGUCCCUACAACAACUUCAUUUACAAGCACGAACUAUCCCAGCCCCCUUCAAGCACCUCAUUCCACCCCCCAAACCCCUACACCACCUCCCCCCCAGACAGAACAACAACAACCUACAUCCUCCGAAUGAGCAACCCCCUAGCAAUGGGCAUCAACCCACACGCCUCCCGCAUCGAGAACGAACUCGCCGCCAUGUCUCUCGCUCGUCAGGGACUCGAAUCACAUCGUCCCGGAUUAGGCUCUCUCAUUCCCAGAAUACAUACCUUCUGCUCAAAGCCCACUCAUCCAGAUGACUUACCCUGGACACUAAUGGAAUACAAAUCCGGCGUACCACUAGACGAGUUCUUCCCUUCUCAGUGGGAUUCAAUCAAGAAAUCAACCAUCGAGCAGGUCGCAGAUAUACUCGCUGGACUCCGGAACUGUCCACUCCCAUUGGGGAUCACCUACGGUGGACUCGCUCUAUCCUCUACCGAUGGCAGAAUCAUCAGUGCGGAGAUGACCACCACGAAUGGUGGACCGUGGCCUACCUACGAGGCACUGCUUAAAGCACGCCUACGGCACGAGCUACACGAUGCUGACUCCAGCCCUAUCAUUAACGGAUGGCGAAGCAAUGGAAAUGGAAUCCGAGACCGCCUCGACUCCCUCAUCGACAAAUUUCCCUCUCUGACCUUCUUUCGGACCCUGAUACCAGAGUCCUCGUCCACGGUGACCUGACAAUGAACAACAUCCUCAUCGACCCCACCACAUGCAAACUCACAGCCCUCAUCGACUUCGACUUCGCCUGCAUUGCCCAUCCCGCUCACGAGUUCCUCGUCUCGCUUCAGGAUCUAGGCGGUAAUGUAAUGGGUCCUUACGGGGAGGAUCCGACGGAGGGGAAGUUGGCGCAGGCUCUGCUUUCUGG